UUACAUUUAUAUAAAAUUAAAAAUAAACACCAAAAUUAGUUUUUGUAUUCUAUUAAAAAUAAUUAAUAAUAAUAAAAUUUUGUUAUUUGGUUAACUCAAAUAACCGACUGAAUCCAAUUUCUUUAAUUCGGUUUACAUAUAUUUCGAUUACGGUUCAGUUUAGAAAAAAUGGAUAAAUUUGGUUUUGGUGACCUAAUUAACGUAAUACAAAAUUCUCAUUUUUCGUUCUAUUGUAUAGUAGAACAAAGAGUGUGAAAUAGUUAGGGAGCAGUUUAGAGUAAAAUAUUGCCAUAAACUAAUUGUUUCUUUGAUUGGAUUAAAAAAUAUGUUGUUCAACAUUUGCAAACAAUUUUUGUAUUAUUUCUGAAACUUCACGUGAAUUAUGCCAUUUCUAAAAUACCAAUAUUUUAUUUUUCUACUUGUUUGUUUCCUUUGGCUGUUUCUGUUUCAUUGCUCUAUAACUCGUUCUGCUACCUGUUUCAAAGUCAAAUGAAUUAGUUUAAUGCUACCAAUUUCAUUUUCAAUAUGAAUAAAAUGCCAACAACAAAUAGUUUUGAAUAUAUAAUUUAUCAGCCAUAAUUAGUUUAUUCAAAUCAAAGUUCAUUGCGAGUUUCAACACCUUGGACCUGUUCUAUUCUACUCGGCUAACGUUAUACUAUAUAUCACACUAGUUUGAUGCCUCAAACACAACUCAAUUCACUUAUCACUCUUCUCUUGCAUCCAGAAACUACCCGAUAAAAUUCGACCCAGACAUGGCAACUCGAAUUCUAGCUUCAAACAAGUCUUCUUCAUUUACUUUAACUUCAUGUCCGUGUUCGUGUAAAGGAACUAUCCUGAAUAGAUCUAAUAUGCUACAUGUACCGAAAAUUCGUAUUGAUGCUACUCAUCUUCGUCUUCCCAAGCUUUCUACUAGUUACUUGACGGAGGACAUACAAAGAACCAGAAAUGUUCAUGAAAUAGCUACCAAAGUGGAAAAUAAUAUAUCUACAAGUAGUGAAGCAGCUAUGGUGAACGCGAAGCUGUACGCGAUGAUGGAGGCUGUGGCAGAUAGGAUUGAGAUGCAUGAAAAUAUUGGAAAGCAAAGAGAUAACUGGAACAAUCUUCUUCUAACUUCAAUUAACACUAUGACUCUCACUGCUGCUACCAUGUGUGGACUUGCUAGUGUUGUACCUCAAUCUUCACCAUUCAAGAUUUCCUCUACACUACUCUAUCUUGCAGCUGGUGCUAUGUCGGCGAUAAUGAAUACGAUCCAGCCAUCCCAGCUUGCUGAAGAACAAAGAAACGCCUCGAGGUUGUUUAAGCAUCUACAUCGGCAGAUUCAAACAACGCUGUCCACGGGGGAUCCUACUAUUGAUGAUGUGAAUGAAGCGCUAGAGAAUGUUUUAGCUCUAGACAGGGCGUUCCCGCUUCCCUUACUUGGUGUUAUGCUUGAAAAGUUCCCAGAAACUGUGAAGCCGGCAGUUUGGUGGCCACAACAGAAGAAGCAGAAACAUUCAGAGAAAAACAGUGGAGACCGAAAUGGGUGGAAUAACAAGGUGGAUAAGGAAAUGAGAGCGAUUGUUAAGGUUUUGAAGAGGAAAGACGAGGCAGAUUACUUAAGAUUAGCUGAAUUAGCCUUAAAAGUUAACAAGAUAAUGGCUAUUUCUGGUCCUUUGUUUACCUUUGUUGCAGCGAUGGGAUCAGCUUUCGUCGGGUGCCAUCCAUGGGCUGCUACAGUAGGCGUUGUGGGUGGCGCGUUGGCGAGUAUAGUAAAUGUAUUCGAGCAUGGGGGGCAAGUUGGCAUGGUAUUUGAAAUGUAUAGGAACAAUGCUGGUUUCUUCAAGCUUAUGGAAGAGACAAUAGAAUCAAAUAUCAAUGAGAGAGAUGUUAGAGCAAGAGAAAAUGGAGAAAUGCUUGAAAUGAAGGUUGCUUUACAGUUAGGCAGGAGCCUUUCAGACCUAAGAAAUCUUGUUUCAUCUUCAAGAAAUGAGGAUGAAGCUACUCAAGAGUUUGCUAGCAAGCUUUUCUAAUUCUUUCAUAAUAAUUUAAUCCUGUAAUUUGUACAGAAUCUAAUAAAAUUACUCUUUAAGACUAA